GCGCCGGCGUCGUGGUUCCUGGGCGGUCGCCACCGAGGGUGCUUCGGUGGGGACCUUUGGGGAUAGCUCCGUGGCUAGCUGCGUUCGUCUCGGGCCUUGCUCCCAGCCUGCAUCUCCCGGUUCCCGGGUCCCACCGUAGGGUGCGGGUGCGGGUCGGCGCCGCGGCCGCCUGAGGGCCUGGGCGCAGCCGCAGUCGCCUCCUCCGCCGCGGGCUCGGAGGGGCCGCGAGAUGCAGCCGCCGGGCCCGCCCCCGGCGUAUACCCCCACUAACGGGGACUUCACCUUUGUCUCCUCAGCUGACGCGGAAGAUCUCAGUGGUUCAAUAGCACCCCCAGAUGUCAAGUUAAACCUUGGUGGAGAUGUUAUCAAAGAAUCUACAGCCACUACAUUUCUGAGACAAAGAGGAUAUGGCUGGCUUUUGGAAGUUGAAGAUGAUGACCCUGAAGAUAACAAGCCACUCCUGGAAGAAUUGGAUAUUGAUCUAAAGGAUAUUUACUACAAAAUUCGAUGUGUUUUGAUGCCAAUGCCAUCACUUGGUUUUAAUAGACAAGUGGUGAGAGACAAUCCUGACUUCUGGGGUCCCCUGGCUGUUGUUCUUUUCUUUUCCAUGAUAUCAUUAUAUGGACAGUUUAGGGUGGUCUCAUGGAUUAUAACCAUUUGGAUAUUUGGUUCACUAACGAUUUUCUUACUGGCUAGAGUUCUUGGUGGAGAAGUUGCAUAUGGCCAAGUUCUUGGAGUUAUAGGAUAUUCAUUACUUCCUCUCAUUGUAAUAGCCCCUAUACUUUUGGUGGUUGGAUCAUUUGAAGUCGUGUCUACACUUAUAAAACUCUUUGGUGUGUUUUGGGCUGCCUACAGUGCUGCUUCAUUGUUAGUGGGUGAAGAAUUCAAGACCAAAAAGCCUCUCCUGAUUUAUCCAAUCUUUUUAUUAUACAUUUAUUUUUUGUCCUUAUAUACUGGGGUGUGAUCUAAGUCAAAUAGAAAAAGACAAUGUUACAUUUCUGUGUAGGCUGGAAAUUCUUGCUUGAGGAUAUUAAAAAAAACCCUGUUGACGGUAAAAUUUUACAUGUUCAGAUGUAAAGGCAGUUUCAGAUCUUUUUAAAACAAUUUUUUUUUUGUAUUUAAUUAAGCAAUUGCAGUUAUCUGAAUAUUUUUGGUCAGAAUUCUGAAUUCUGUUUGAUUCUUCAUAUUCCAGUGAAUAAAAUAUAAAAGCAUUGUGUUUUUAAGAUUGUGUCAAUAUUCACCUACAGAUCUGUGCCAAAAGCACCUGGAAUGGUAAUUAUAUUUCACUUGAAGGGUAAAUAUAAUAACAUUCUGAUGAUCUAAAAGUGCAAUUUUUUUCCUUUAAAGAGUUUUCUCCUGCAUUGCAGAUCCUGUAGAUAUAUAUUUAUAUUUAUACAUAUAUAUUUAUGAAGUAAUUCUUACUCACAAAAUAUAUUUCUGAAUAGCUUAAAAAUUAAGAUAUUUUAAAUCUGAUGCUUCCACUUUCUUUAAUUUGGCCUUUAAUCUUAUUUAUGAAAUUAAAUUUGCUCUUAAAUUAUAUAUAAUUUUUAAAGUCUCGUACAUGCUUCUGGCAGUAUGUCCUUGUUAAGAAUUCUUUUUUCUUUUGUUUUUUAAUUUUUUAUUGCAAGAUAUUUGCUUUAUAAUAUUAUGCUGGUUUCUGCCAUACAUCGGAAUUCUUAAUAGCAACAACUAAAACUAAUUAUAACAGUUGCUGAUGUAGAUUUGGUUUGUUUGGGUGUGCUUUUUUUUACAAACCACUUUUGAAUUCUAAACAUCUGAUUUCAAGUUUCUGCUUAUGGCAUUUGAUGGAUAUGGCAUUUAUUAAAACUGUCAGUAUAUAGGAAAACAAUAAUAUUUAUAGCAUCAGUAAAUAUUUUUAAGCGGCACUUCUAAGCCGUAAAAGUUGCUGAAAAGAGACCUUUAGAGUCUUGUGGUCCCGAGCAAUGUUAUAUGAAAUAGAAAAAAAAUAAAAUGCUUCCCAGCUGUGUGUUUUGUUUUAUAA